CAAGCAGAGGCGUACUAUUCAGCGUUGCCUUGUCUCGGCUUUUCAUAUUUCAUUUUCCGCUGUUGAUUGAUUACUGAGACUAUGGAGAAGGCGAUCAACAGGCAGAAGGUUCUCCUCCACCACCUCCGCCCUCCUUCUUUCUCCUCCUCCGACGACUCUUCUCUCUCCGCCUCGGUAUGUGCGGCUGCGUAUGCAAGGAACCAGGUCUUCGGCGAUGAUGUCGUCAUUGUUGCAGCUUAUCGCACUCCGCUCUGCAAGGCCAAACGCGGCGGCUUCAAAGAUACUUAUGCCGAUGACCUUCUCGCACCUCUUCUCAAGGCAGUGCUUGACAAGACCAAUCUGAAUCCUAAGGAAGUUGGGGAUAUUGUUGUCGGUACCGUCCUGGCUCCGGGUUCUCAAAGAGCUAGCGAAUGCAGGAUGGCUGCUUUCUAUGCUGGCUUCCCUGAGACUGUGCCGGUUAGGACUGUCAACAGACAAUGCUCAUCUGGCCUUCAAGCUGUUGCUGAUGUGGCUGCUGCUAUCAGAGCUGGGUUUUAUGAUAUUGGUAUUGGCGCUGGCUUGGAAUCCAUGACUGCAAAUCCAAUGGCAUGGGAAGGGGAUGUUAAUCCUAAAGUAAAGAUCUUUGAACAAGCCCAGAACUGCCUUCUUCCUAUGGGAGUCACCUCGGAAAAUGUUGCUCAUCGUUUUGGUGUUUCAAGGCAGGAGCAAGAUCAGGCUGCAGUUGAUUCUCAUAGAAAGGCAGCUGCUGCUACUGCUGCUGGUAGGUUCAAAGAUGAGAUCAUCCCUGUGGCAACCAAGAUUGUUGAUCCAAAAUCUGGUGAUGAGAAACCUGUUACAAUCUCUGUUGAUGAUGGGAUUCGAAACACAACAUUGGGGGACCUAGCAAAGCUGAAGCCUGUGUUUAAGAAAGAUGGCACCACCACCGCUGGUAAUUCUAGUCAAGUUAGUGAUGGUGCUGGAGCUGUUCUCUUGAUGAAGAGAAGUGUUGCCAACCAAAAAGGAUUGCCAAUUCUUGGUGUAUUCAGGAGCUUUUGUGCUGUUGGUGUGGAUCCUGCCAUCAUGGGUGUUGGCCCAGCUGCUGCAAUUCCAGUUGCAGUGAAGGCAGCUGGUUUAGAGCUUGAUGAUAUUGACCUCUUUGAGAUAAAUGAGGCUUUUGCAUCCCAAUUCGUCUAUUGCCGUAACAAGCUGGGACUUGAUCCAGAGAAAAUCAAUGUUAAUGGAGGUGCCAUGGCCAUUGGCCAUCCCCUUGGUGCAACAGGUGCCCGUUGUGUUGCUACUCUUUUGCACGAGAUGAAGCGUCGGGGAAAAGACUGCCGCUAUGGAGUGAUCUCAAUGUGCAUAGGCACAGGGAUGGGUGCAGCUGCUGUUUUUGAAAGAGGUGACUGCGCUGAUGAACUAUGCAAUGCUCGCAAGGUUGAAUCACUCAAUUUUUUAUCCAAGGAUGCUCGGUAGAAGACACGUGUAGCAACAGGAGCUAUUACUAUCAAUAAUGUUUGGUGGAGUCUGAAAAUCAUAGUAAAUCACUGGAAUAACGUUGCGUAAUGUUUUCAUUGGGUACUGUAAUCACAUUGGUCAUUCUGACCAUGUUUAUUGGGAGGAAUACAAAUGUAGUUUGUUCUCCCAGA